AUGCCUUUUGCCGCCGACAAUACAUCUGGUUUUAUAUAUCUGGAAACCCUCAACGUUCCAACUGAAGCUGUUAUCCCGGUUUUUCUUUUCUUUCUGGUAAUAUAUGUAUGUAUUGUAAUUGGAAAUUCUACGGUAGUAUAUGCCAUAGUCAUUAGUCAGAAUUUGCAUGAACCAAUGUAUAUACUGCUCUGUAACAUGUCCAUUUGUGAUUUAAUUGGUAGCACAUCUUUGCUGCCUAGAGUAAUGACGGAUUUAUUAGCAGAGGUAAAGGUGAUUUCCUUCGAACCUUGCGUUAUUCAAGCGUUUUUUGUUCAUUUAUAUGGCCUUACGUCGCAGUUAAUACUAACAGUAAUGGCUUAUGACAGGUACGUUGCGAUUUGUGACCCACUGAAGUACACAUCGAUACUGACAGACACAGCACUGAUCAAACUGUGCUGUUUUGCGUGGGGAUUCGCGCUUAUUUUAAUUACCAUCAUGAUAGGGCUAACUCUGAGGCUCCCGAGAUGCGGGACAAAAAUAUUAAUGUUUUGUAACAAUUCUUCCCUUUUUUCACUGUCCUGUGUGGACACAACUUUAAAUAACAUAUAUGGGUUAUUCAUCACUUACCUCAUCAUUUGUCUAUCUUUUGCCACAAUCGUUUGGACAUACAGUAAAAUUCUCUUUGCUUGCUUAACAAAAAGUGACAACCGCAACAAACGUAAAGCCAUUCACACGUGCACGACGCACUUAAUAUCUUAUAUUCUUUACGAAUUCAUCAUGCUGUUUACAAUUAUUUCACAGAGAUAUUCCUUCUCCAAUCAUGAACACCUCUGGUCACAGCAGCAGAUAUCUACCCCACAGCAGAUGGACCUAGCCAUGGCCCUAGCCCAGACUUCAAAUAAUUGUAGAGCAUAUGCAUUGGUGCAGUAA